AUGCCCUCUGAAAUCCUGCAACGGCUUUAUGAGGGCUUGGGUUUUCCGCGAGACCUUGUCACGCAGUACCUGGCGGACCUCGCUCAGACGGUUGAGGUGCCGUCAUUUAGCGAUGUAACGGAGCUGCUGGAUGAGGCCGGGCCUUUUCAGUCGUUUCUAGUUCACAGCUGCUUUGAACUUUUCAACUGCAUGACCUGGUUCUCGCGUGAGGAGAGCAACGACAAGGUGAGCCCCGAGGAAGGCGAUGCGAUUCUAGAGAACGAGAUUGGCACGAUUGAGAGUCUCUUCAGCGACAGUUUUCUUGGUCGAAAGCACUUUGACGAUGACACAAACGACCGCGAACUGUACUUCGGCUUUCGCACCGCUUAUGAAAAGCAGUUGCUCGUAGUCGUACGCUUCCCGGACUAUUAUCCGACAGAGACGCCGGUCAUUUACGUGCAACCGCUCCGCAGAAGCUCACCCGAGUCGCUGCCAAGUCUUGUCGUGGCGCCGUCGUGCACGAAAGACAUUUCGGCCGUCGACAGACGCGCCAUCAUGGAUGCAGCCGUGCAGGCGAUUAAUGGGUUUGUGGGUGGCGGGUGUCUGAUGGCACUUAUCUCCGCCAUUCACGGCGCGGUGUCAUCAAUGGAGGAAGUGCAACCGGCCUCGUCGACGCCGCCGCUGAAUAGGGACGCGGGAGCAAAGGAACGGUCUGCGGUGCAGCAGCAGCGCAAGGCGUUCCUUGGCGCUCUCACCGGCAACAGUGCGGCCGACAAAAAGGCCACCGAGGAGUCCGCAGAGGACGAGGAGGAUCGCUUCAUUCAGGUCUCGAUGCCGGAGAGGGUCGAGUUGGCGACCGUUGACGCCACCAAGGUUGAUCGGGAGACGCAGCGCCGCGACUUCUUAGCGUCCGAUGCCGCCCUCGACGUGACUCUCAAGUCCUCGUGGGAAAAACUGAAGACAGAGGGUUCUCUGCGCAAGGCGCGCGACUCGCUCCCGGCACACAACGUACGUGAAACGCUGCGGGCGGCCUUACAGAAGCACAACACCGUCGUUAUUGGUGGUGAGACGGGUAGCGGUAAAACAACUCAGAUUCCACAAUUCCUAUACGAGUUCAUGUGCGAGGAAGGACAUGGCAGCUCGGCUAAUAUUGUGUGCACCCAGCCUCGUCGUCUUGCUGCCACCUCCGUCGCUCUGCGCGUCGCCGAAGAGCGCGACGAAGCGGCUGGUGGCACAGUCGGCUACUCGAUUCGCCUAGAGAACUGUGUAUCCAAGAAGACGCAGAUCACCUACUGCACCACAGGUAUUGUGCUGCGACGGCUGCAAACAGACAAGUACCUUGGUCGUGUAAGCCAUGUGGUCGUGGAUGAAAUUCACGAGCGGGGCGUGGAUACGGACUUCCUGCUUAUCCUGCUACGCGAUCUGGUGCGGCGACGACAGGAUCUCAAGGUGGUGCUGAUGAGUGCCACGAUGGACUCGGAGUUGUUUGCACGGUACUUCGAUGGUGCCCCGGUCAUCUCCAUCGCAGGACGCACGUUUCCAGUAAAGGUGAUGCACUUGGAGCAAAUCAUCCCCGAGGUCAACUACACCCUUGAGGAGGGAUCGCCGUUCGAGAAGAUUAGCGGAGACAAGGAGACGCGACGGCGCAACACGCGCAAGAAUGUGCUGAACCUCGACUUGGAGGACGUGGAGGAGGACGUGGAGCGGGAGAAGACGCAGCAUAGGCUCGCACAGGUGGUGAGGGCGUCGCCUAAGACACUCGACACACUUGCACGCAUGAACUAUGACGUGAUCAACUAUGAGCUGACCGAGUACAUUGUGGAAUACAUCGACACCGCGCUGCGUGUGCCAGGCGCAGUGCUGGUGUUUCUCCCUGGCAUGGCCGAAAUUCAGCGAUGCCUCGAACAGCUGAAGCUCAACCCCCGCCUCGCCAAGUCGUGCCUCUUCUACAACCUGCACAGUUCGCUCGGGUCGUCGGAGCAGCAAGGAGUGUUUCGGCGGCCACCAGCCGGUAAGCGAAAGGUGAUUCUGGGCACCAACAUAAUGGAAACCUCCAUCACCAUCGACGACGCUGUCUACGUCAUCGACACCGGAAAGGCAAAGGAGAACCGCUACAAUGCCCGCAAAAGCUUGUCUGAGCUUGUCACGGUGAACAUCUCCAAGGCAAACUGCCGCCAACGACAGGGUCGAGCGGGCCGUGUGCAGGAGGGCUUCUGCUUUCGCCUUUUCACCGAGGCGCAGUUCGAAGCCUUUGACGAUCACCAGCUCUGCGAGAUGCACCGCGUGCCGCUGGAGAGCCUCAUUUUGCAGAUUUACGCCCUGCACCUAGGCGACGAGGUCGAGUACUUGCAGAAGGCGCUGACCCCUCCCGAGGAACGCGCGAUUCACAGCAGCGUCAAAGUACUGACGACGCUUGGCGCGCUGACCGCGGAAAAGCGACUCACCUCUCUCGGACAGCACCUCGCCAACCUACCUCUUGAUGUGCGUGUGGGCAAAAUGAUCAUCCACGGUGCGUUGCUGCAGUGCAUCGAUCCUGUGCUCACCAUUGCCGCCUGCCUCGCCACGAGGUCGCCCUUCAUUGCAUCGGUGGAUUUUCGCACCGAGGUGGAGAAUAUGCGGCGCGCGUUCGCCGGAGAGACGCUCUCGGAUCAGCUCUCCUCGUGGUUCGCCUACAACAAAUGGGCGUCGGUCCUGCAACAGAAGGGUACCGCCGCCGCACGCAAGGUGUGCGAGGACUACUUCUUGUCACCCGCCACACUGAAGCAGAUUGAGUCUACGAAGCGCCAGUAUGAGCGCUACCUGUACGAGGCUGGCUUCCUAGACAACGCACCGAGCUCGCAUGUGCCACCCUCCAAGUUCAUCUUCCCACCCUUCACAACAUUAGACGAUCGCGUAUUUGAGGCGGGAGGACAGCACUUCAACGAGAACUCCACCAGUACACGCUGCAUCUUGGCGUGCCUGGUCGCUGGACUGUACCCCAAUGUCGCUCAGAUGCGGAUGCCGCGCGGGCAUCGCAGCGUCGGCGGCGGCAGUUACGGGGGACGACACACUGUGAAGUUUGCCACCUUUGACGGGUCGGAGUGUCUGGUGCACCCCUCUAGUGUGGCGGGCAAGGAAACGGCGUUUUCGUCGCCGCUGCUCGUGUACGUGGACAAGGUGAAGACGUCGGCAACGUUCUUGCGGGAGGUGUCGGUGGUGGCACCGCUACACGUAAUCCUGUUCGGCAGCGGCAAUCUAGAAUACCUUGCAAAGUACGAGGAGCUCUGCGUGGACGAGAUGACGGGAUUUAAGUGCCGCCAGGACGAUGCGACGUUGCUGACGCAUCUGAAAACACAGCUCGACUCCGCUCUGACGCAGAAGAUUAACGACCCGUCGAAAACAUGGGAGUCGAUCAGCAGUGUGGUGGUCCGCGCCAUCGUGAAGCUCCUCAAAGAGGACGGUGGGCGCGCUGGCGGGCUCACAAUUAUCGAUCGCCGUCAGCCGCGGGAGCCGUUGACCGAGCCGCUUAUACCGGAGGCGGCGGCGGUCCAAUCCGCCGUUCCCGAGGACCAGCCCUUCAAGACGAACAAGUCUUGUUUUUUGUGUGGCGAAACCGGGCACGUGUCACGGUACUGUCCGCACAACAGCACGCAUCACAAGGGUGGCCCCCCGGUUCGCUGCUUCAUUUGCGGCCAGUGGCACUUUCCCCAGGAUUGCACACUGGUGAAGGCACUGAAGCGGUAG